AUGAUUGUAGUAAUUCUUUUAUUCAUUUGUACAUGCACAUAUCUUAGAUUAAAUAUUGGAUUUGUUAGAAGUUUUAUGGAUGGAAAAAAAGAAGGAGUACCAGGUUUAAUGUGGAAAGCAGCACGUCUAGGAGAACGGGCAUCAGCUUGGAUUUCUUUAAGUUGCAUUAUUUUAGGUAUUUCAGUAUUGAUUUGGAAGCAAUGA